GGACAAAGGACCUGGAAUUUUCUGAGCUUGAAAAGUUUAACAGAUGGCUGGAAAAUGGCUCAGAAAAUGUUAGAUUAAUCUCAGAAAAGUUCUAGAAAAAAGGUGAACAUUUGAAACUCAGAAAUGUUUUUCUAGAAAUUUCUAAAAUUUAUCUAAAAUGUCUGAGGUUUUUUCUACAAAUAUUUCAACUUCAGAUUAGAAAUUUCUGGGGGGGUUCUAGAAAUUUUCUGAGAUUAAUCUCAAAAUGUCUGAGUUUUUUAGUGGUAAUUUACCUUUUUUAAUCUACAGGGGCAAUUAUCGUGGUGCUGCCCUCCGACCAGCCCUGUAGUGGCCCUGCCUGGCCUGCAGAGGGCGCUGUUUCCCUUCAUUGCAGAGUGUUUCUGUUUUUCCUGCGUGUUUUCAGUGGCAGCCUCACUCUCUGUGUCUCUGCUACUUCAGGAGCAACAAAUUCUGAUCUGGGAUGUUGGGAACUCUCUGAAUCCGCUGGCUGUGUUUUUCCUCUGCCGGUUCUGGUUCUGUUCCUUCCGCAGGAUGGGUUUUAUCAUAACUUAGCUGUUCCAGACCUGUUGGAGGACUGCUUGCUCGUUUCAACAUACCGGUUCGGACAUGGAGGACCUGAUCCGGCUCUCCGACCAGGACCUGCAGAGGUUCGGUAAGGAGGACCUGAUCCGGACGCUGCGGGCUCUGCAGAACCGCAGCACGGACGUGAUGCUGGAGCACGGGAAGCUGAUGAAGGACGUGAACCGCAGCCUGCAGGUCCACCUCCAGGAGAUCCGGAGCUUGAAGGAGGUGAACCAGAAGCUGCAGGAGGACAACCAGGAGCUGCGGGAGCUCUGCUGCUUCCUGGACGACGACCGGCAGAAGGACCGGAAGGUGUCCCGCGAGUGGCAGCGCUUCGGCCGCUACACGGCCGGCGUGCUGUGGCGGGAGCUGGGGCUGUACCAGCAGAAGCUGACCGAGCUGGAGGCCGGGCAGGAGACGCUGCGGGCGGAGAACGCCGAGCUCAAGGAGAUCGUCCUCAUGCUGGACGAGGAGAGGAGCGGAGCCGGGUCCCGGAGCUCCAUCGACAGCCAGUCCAGCCUGAGCGGACCGGUGCCGCCCCGGGACGGAGGCGACGGGAGCAGCGGGGGGAGUCCGGACCACCAGACCGCCUACCUGAAGGGCUGCGGGGGGAAGGCGGGCCCUCUGAGGCGGUCCGUGGACGAUCUGUCAGCUCAUGGAGGCACCGCUGAGUUCCGAUCAGAUAUAUCAGAGUGCUACAUCAGAGAGCUAGAGAACAAGGUGAGGAUCCUGGAGGAUGAAAAGAAACUGCUGACAAUGCAGAACCAUCCUCGGACUCCCAGUGGAGAACUGUCCCCUACGGGGUUCUACCUGCCUCUGGCACAGAAACCCGAGGCUGUAGUCCAUGCCAUGAAGGUGCUGGAGGUCCAUGACAAGCUGGACAGUCAGAACUCGAGGGAAUUCGAUGAAGACCUCAACGAUAAGGAGAAAGCCAUCGUCAGAGAGAUGUGCAACGUGGUUUGGAGAAAGCUGGGCGACACUGCUGGUUCAAAGCUCUCUGUUCGACAGCAGCUACUAGGAAACCAGCUCCAAGGUCCGGUCCAGUAGGAGAACCCACCAUCAAACCCUCAGCAUGAUCCUCAAACGGAAGCAGUAGAGAAAAAUGGGCACACCUUUUACUACACAAAUGCACAAAGUUUCAAUAGUCCUGGACAGGAUGCUGAAACGGCUCACUGAUCCCACCAUGUGGAUUUACGGUGUAAAUACAGUUUUAAAUCAGCAAAUUUUCGGUUUUAUGUAGCAGAUCCAUCCACUGUCUUCCACUUUCCUGAUAUCUUAGAGAUAACCGGUCCAAGGCGUCCUUCUCCCCACCGACUCCAGAUCACUUGGGGAGAUCGACUCCAGAUCACUUGGGGAGAUCGACUCCAGAUCACUUGGGGAUCCCUUCAUUGAGUUCUGGGCGCGAGUUCGUGUCUCCCUUCAUCUCUAACGACGACAUUCUGCUCUACAACUCUGACUUUCCCCCAUAAACUCAGAGGGAAACUCUGAAGGAGCCGAUUUCAGUCUAGCUUGGUAAAAAAAAAAAAAAAAAAAAAAAAAACAGCGCUUUGCUUCCUACAAAGGGCCUGAGCCAUCAGCGGCUAUUUAGAAACGAUUGCUAAUCGCUAACGGUCGGCCGUGACGUAUGUAAAGCGCCGGUAUCGGCCCUAUGAAUUUAUCGGGAGUUGCUCGCGUUGUAAACAACCGUCCUCCACUGCGAAGAGAAAAGCAUCGAGCUGAACGAGAUGGCUGUGAAUGUUAGUUUAAUAUUUGGAACCGUGGCCAACACGGACUGAACGGCUCCGUUCACUCCCUCCGCUAAAACUACAGACUACAACAGCGCAGAAAAUCGACGUCAUCGUUCUCAACUUCUUCUGUUUGCUGAUUGGCCGGUUGUAACGCUAAAUUCUAAACCCGAAGCUUCAUGUUUCAGCUUCACCAGGACAGACUGGAGAAUUGUAUUCAUGAAGAGACAAAGCUGUGAUUUAUCUGCCUGUUUUCUGCGCCAUCCUGCAAUCAUGCAGAACCAAAGCAUUCCCUGGGUUUCCACAGUCCAGAGUGAUGUCGGCUAGUCCGGCGCCGCCAUUUUGUUUGACAGUUUCUACUUGCUUGGGCUUUGACAACCAAAUAUUAGGGCCAGACUAAGA